GGUCUUCACCUCAAACAAUCAUUUAUAUCACAUCAUACAAUUAUUCAAAUUUAAAAUUUUUACAAUUCAAAUCCCAACUAAAAAACAAACAAACCCUAAAAGUGAAACCAAUUCAACUUUUAUACCUUCAUUUAUUUUAGAACAGAACUCCUCCUUCUUCAGCCACCAAAACGAUGGACCUCAUCAUCACUCUAGUGUCUAUACUCUCAAUCCUAAUACACAUAUCAACGAGCUGUCGGGGUCAACUCGUUGACCAUUUAAUUCCCGACGAACCCUCCAUUAAUUAUCCAUCAAUCUUCUCCGUUGACCACCGCGACCAUCCCCUCCGGCCGCCGCCGUUCUCCUGCGCCGCAGCCGAUCCCGCCACCGCCACCUACCCAUUCUGCAACCGCGACCUACCCAUCGCCGACCGGGCUCGCGACUUGGUCUCGCGCCUCACUUUGGACGAAAAGAUCUCCCAGCUGAUCAACAAGGCCGCCGCCGUCCCCCGCCUCGGCAUCCCCUACUACCAGUGGUGGUCGGAGGCGCUGCACGGCGUUGCCAUCGCCGCCGGCGUCGAAAACGGCGUCGCAUUCAACGGAACCGUCCGGUCCGCCACCAGCUUCCCGCAGGUCAUCCUCGCCGCCGCCGCAUUCGACUCCACCCUCUGGUACCGGAUUGCCAAGGCCGUCGGAGAAGAGGCGAGGGCAAUAUACAACGAAGGGGAAGCAACCGGCCUGACAUUCUGGUCCCCAAACAUCAACAUUUUCAGGGACCCCCGAUGGGGGAGGGGCCAGGAGACCCCCGGAGAAGACCCCUUUCUUACCUCCAAGUACGCCGUCUCCUUCGUCAGAGGAAUUCAGGGCGACAGUUACGACGGCGGCGCCGUCGCAGACGGCGGCCGCCUUCUGGUCUCCGCCUGCUGCAAGCACUUCACCGCCUACGAUCUCGAUAACUGGAACGGCUCCGAUCGCUUCACAUUCGACGCUCGAGUGACGAAGCAGGAUCUGGCCGACACGUUCCAGCCGCCAUUCAAGAGCUGCGUGGAGGAAGGGCGAGCCAGCGGGAUGAUGUGUGCUUACAACCUCGUCAAUGGCGUCUCCAGCUGCGCCGAUCGUGAGCUUCUCACGAAAACGGCUCGCGGCGAGUGGGGCUUCGACGGUUACAUAACGUCGGAUUGCGACGCCGUCUCUCUCAUCUACGAGAAGCAGAACUACGCGCCGUCGCACGAAGAUGCCGUCGCCGCCGUGCUCAAAGCCGGCAUGGAUGUCAACUGCGGCUCCUAUUUGGGAAGCCACACGAAGUCGGCGGUCGAGAAGGGGAAAGUGUCGGAAUCGGACAUAGACAGAGCCCUCCACAACCUCUUCUCUGUAAGAAUGAGGUUGGGACUAUUCGACGGCGAUCCAACUCAGCAACCACCGUACGGAAAUCUCCGGCGACGCCACAUCUGCACUCCGGCGCACCGGAAACUGGCGCUGGAGGCGGCGCGCGACGGCAUUGUCUUGCUAAAGAACUCCGGGAGCUUACUCCCACUCUCCAAGUCCAAAACCAACUCCGUUGCGGUGAUCGGCCCGAACGCCGACGCCGCAACCACCCUGCUCGGAAACUACGCCGGGCCACCGUGCAACGCCGUAACUCCGCUAGAAGGCCUCAAAAGCUACGUCAAGAACAUCAAUUUUCACCCGGGAUGCGACUCCGUGGACUGCGCAUCUGUCGCAGCCGACGAGGCUGUCGAACUUGCGAGAAAUGCCGAUUAUGUAAUUCUCGUAAUGGGACUCAAUCAAGACCGCGAGAGCGAGGAGCUCGAUCGCGAAGACUUAACCCUUCCCGGACUUCAGCAAAGCCUCGUCGAACGUGUCGCCGCCGCCGCCAGUCACGCGGUGGUGCUGGUGCUGCUUUGCGGCGGCCCUGUUGAUGUUUCCUUCGCAAAAAAUGAUGCCAAGAUUGGUAGCAUAUUGUGGGCGGGAUAUCCUGGCGAAGCCGGGGGACAAGCUAUUGCCGAGAUCAUAUUCGGAGACCAUAAUCCCGGGGGGAGAUUGCCGAUAACUUGGUACCCAGAAGACUUCACGAGGAUACCGAUGACGGACAUGAGAAUGAGGGCGGAUCAUGUGACGGGAUAUCCGGGGCGAACCUAUCGAUUCUAUAACGGCGAGAAGGUUUUUGAAUUCGGACACGGCCUUAGCUACUCGAACUAUUCGUACAAGUUCAUAUCGAUCGGACAAGACAGGAUCAACUUCAAGAAAUCGACGGACAGCAAAUACGGAGACUCGGGACUCAUUUUAGUUACGGAUAUCGAUUUGGAGUCGUGUAAGAAGGCUAAGUUUUCGGCCAUUGUUGAAGUCGAGAACCGAGGGGAGAUGGCCGGGAAGCAUCCAGUUCUGCUGUUUAUUAAACGCGGCGGCGAUUGCGAUGUCGGCAACGGGAGUCCGAUGAAGCAGCUGGUCGGGUUUCAGACAGUGAAGCUGUACGGCGGGGAGAGGAUUCGGGUCGGGUUUGAAGUGGAUCCAUGCGAGCAUUUGAGCAGAGGUAGUGAAGAUGGAGCAAUGGUGAUUGAAACAGGGGAGUUUUACUUAGCCGUUGGAGACCAAAAGUAUGCUAUCUCUGUGGUCGCUUCUGCUUGAACGAAGUUACUUAAUUGCCCUUGCGUCUGGAGCUGUUCGCGGCUUUAAUUGAAAAGUGGGCUCCACUUGUUGCAAACGAAAAUUAUUUCAAAUAAAAUUGUUUCCAAAUAUAUAAUAUAU